AUGCACGGCCGGCCCCGCGUCUACGUGCGGUUUCGGCCUCCGACGGAGGUGAAGCUUCCGGCGCUGAAAGGGCCCGGCAUCCCAGCGAGCGACACCGAGGUGCCGGUACUUCUCGGGCGCCGCCGUGACCAGGAGGAGGAGCCCGCAUCUCGCCGGAUCAGCCUGGAAGGGGAGCACACCAUCAAGUUCCCCUGGAAGUCCCAAAGCAAGGAGGAGUGGAAGGAGGUGCAGGUGCAGGUGGACCAUGCCUUCACCGAGGAUUCGACGCAGGAUGCCGUCUACUCCAGGGUGGGACCUGAGAUGCUGGAUUUCGUCCUCAAGGGCUUCCGCGGGCUCAUCUGCACCUACGGCAUCACCGGGUCCGGGAAGAGUUACACUAUGCCGGGAGCCUAG